UUCUAGAGGGCUUCUAAGGUGACCAUGUCGAUCCACAUGCGCUCGCAGCUCUUCCUCAUCCGCCCGCAGUCGCUUAAGCUCGGGAUGCGAGCCAUGUCGACCGGCAAGAAACUCCAGAGCCAGGCACUAGCACUUCGAGUGCCAGCGCGUGCUCUCCCUCGGCAUCCGCAGCUUGUUAUAGCGGGUGCCGUGCUGAGCGCUUCGGUGUCGCUGUUGGUCAAGGAUUCGACGCUGUGCCAGGAUGUGAUGUUGCUCGCAGCUGCGGAGGGCCCAUCGGGCGGCGGUGUGCCCAAGAAGAAUAACAACCCUGUGGAAAAGAUCAUCGAUGUGGUGCUGUCAAACUGCGGAGAGCUUACGCUGGCCGGCGGUCUGGGCUUCUGCUCGGGCUAUGCGCUCAACCAGGUUGGCAAGGCCGCAGCGAUGGCGGUGGGCAUCGUCUUCAUCAUAGCGCAGACGGCUGCCUAUAACGGCUACAUCGACAUCAAAUGGGGCAAAGUGCAAAAGGACAUGAUCGCCAAGGUCGACCCGAACGGAGAUGGCAAGAUCGACAGCGAAGACGUCAAGCUUUGGUACCGUAAACUGCUUAAGAUCAUGAAGACGAAUCUGCCGUCGUCCGCAGGAUUCUCCAGCGGCUUCGCACUUGGCAUUUACUACUCGUAGUCGACGUGAGUUGAUCAGCGAGGCUGUCGUCGUCUGCAGCUUUUUUCCUGAGUCAUGUAGCCAUUGGGUGGUGAUCAAUUUGUAACAAAAACUAACAACACGUUGU